CCAAGAUGGCGGCGGCCUGAGGGCGCUGAUGGCGGGGCUGGCGCGGCGCCUCUUCUGCCGGGGCUUCUGCGCCCCGGCGGUGCCGCCGGGCACCCGCCAGCUGCGGCGGGCCGAGGAGGCCGCCCCGGUGUUCCAGUACGCGGGGAAGGCGGCCAAGCGCAAAGACCGUGUGUUCGUGUGGGGUUUCAGCUACUCGGGCGCCCUGGGCAUCCCCAGCUUCGUGAAGCCGGACGCGGGCUGGAAGAAGCCGCGGCGCAUCCAGGGCACGCCGUACCGCCUGGAGACGGAGGAGAAGAUAUCCUCUGCUGCCUGUGGUUAUGGAUUCACACUGCUGGCUUCUAAUACCAGAGACAUCACCAAAGUGUGGGGCAUGGGGCUCAACAAGGAUUCCCAGCUUGGAUUUCAGAGAAGCAGAAGAGAUCAAACUAAGGGCUAUGAAUAUGUCUUGGAACCAUCUCCAAUUCCAUUACCACUGGAGAAACCACAGCAAACUCGAGUCUUGCAAGUGUCCUGUGGGAGAGCGCAUUCCCUGGUCCUGACAGAUAGUGAAGGAGUUUUCACAAUGGGAAACAAUUCUUAUGGACAGUGUGGCCGGAAGGUUGUUGAAGAUGAAAUUUACAGUGGAAGCCAUCUCAUUCAUCAGCUGAAGGAAUUUGACAGCAGAGUUGUCCAGGUGGUGUGUGGGCAGGACCACAGUCUGUUUAGAACCAAGAAAGGUACAGUCUAUGCAUGUGGAUGGGGAGCUGAUGGACAAACAGGUCUUGGACACUAUAACAUCACCAGUGUUCCUACUAAGCUGCAUGGUGACAUUGCUGGAGUAAACAUUAUCCAGGUCUCUUCCUAUGGGGACUGUUGUCUGGCUGUUUCAGAUGAAGGAGAUGUCUUUGGUUGGGGAAAUUCAGAAUACUUGCAGUUGGCUUCUGUCACAGAAACCACACAGGUGAAUGUUCCCAGGCAUUUGCCAUUCAAGAUUGGGAAGAUAAAGGAGGCUGCCUGUGGAGGGACUGGCAACGUUGUGCUAACAGAAGAAGGAAAUGUUUUUGUCUGGGGAUAUGGAAUUCUUGGGAAAGGACCAAACCUAAUAGAGACAGCAGUGCCAGAGAUGAUCCCACCCAGCCUUUUUGGCUGGUCAGACUUCAAUCCAGACACCCGUGUUGCUCAUGUUCGCUGUGGACUCAGCCAAUUUGCAGCACUUACAAACAGAGGAGAACUGUUUGUGUGGGGGAAGAAUCUAAGAGGGUGCCUGGGAACUGGAAGAAUGGAAGACCAGUAUUUCCCAUGGAGAGUAAGGAUGGUGGUGACUGUACCCGGUGAGGUGGUGGAUGUGGCCUGUGGAGUUGAUCAUAUGGUCAGCAUGGUCAGGUCUUUCACCUAAGGAUGCUGCUGGGUCUCAGCACUGUACCAGGGCAGUGCAGAGACUUGGUGACAAGCUUCUUGGAAAGGAAAACUCACUUUAUGAAACCAAGGGACUGUGAGCAGAGACAGCCACAGCAGUGUCUGGGUGCUUUAUCAUCCCUGCAUUACUGGAAUGCUCUGCCUGGCUGCAGGAAGGAAGCACGUGCCCUGAGGAGUGUGGAAAUGCACAAAGGAGUGCUCUGGCUCCUGCGUGAUGAGCUCCCAGAGGAUCUGAGGCCCGGCCUCAAGCUGGUGAGCCCCUCUUUGCCUGAAGAUGAAGAGCAUCUCCCUUAAGGAAGACUGGCAUGGGAUGAAAUCUACAGCACAGAACAUUGAUACAUGGACAUUUCCUGUCACUAGCUCUGGAGUGUCAGCAUUGGGCAGAGCCAGACUAUAUCUCAAGGGAAAAUUUGUGUGGUUUUUAAUUACUAUGUGGAAGAGUGGUCAUGCUAGGUCUUGAAGCCCAGCACGGCUGUCCUGCAUGGCCACCCUCAGCUGCACUGUGCCCAGGCUGUUGUCCUGUGCAGAAACUGGAUGCACAGCCCUUGGAGGCAGUGAUGUGUCUCUGGGCUGUUGAUGGCUUUCUGUGUUAGUGCUAAAGACUGAACACCAAAGGAACACAUUCAAAGAGUGUUUGCAGGGGUAAGUACUAUUAAAUAAGACAGGCUCUCUGUGCUGCAGGAGGACAGAUGGAUGGUGACAGAAGCCAAUCUAGCUUAUUGAGGAAGGCUGGAAACAAAGCCCUGCAAAAUCCUGCUCAGGCAUGGAUGUGAGCAGUGCUCACUGCCCCUCAGGUACCUUUGUCUCCUUGUGCUGAUCACACAUCACUGCCUUUUUUUUUUUAUUCCCCACACCCUUUCUGUUUUCAGAAGUAUGGCUCUCAUUUGCAAUUAGCUGGGUAUUUCAGGAUUGCCUAGCAGGGGAAGGACUCUUAAUGGGUAAGAAGCAGAAUUUCAUUCCUUGGUACCUUCUUAGCAGUAAGUUGAUAGAGAUGGGAUGCAGUAGCUGUGAGUAUCUGUAGCAGGCACUUACCCAAUCUCACACCCAGGUGUGGGAAACUGUCUCCUGUGAAACAGUCCAAACAUCAGGCAGAGUUUUGUCUUUUCUCUCUGUGUGGGGUACUUCUAGUGUGCAAACUAUUUUGGUGGAAUCCAAGGUAGUAGGUUUUCAAUAAAGUGAUUAUAAAAUCUUUAUCCGUAGUAAUAGGAAUAUUCUUGAGCAUGAUUUGCUCAUGCAUUGAUUGGAUCUGCAUUCGAAGUGCAGCAUUUUGGUUCACAGUUAUGUGAUGGGAAACCACUUCUGUCAGCUGAGCCAGCUCCACACCUGCAGGACUGAUAGUGCUGUAGUCAGGCAUUGCAUCCAUGGCCCCAUGGGACGCCACCAUGUUGGCUUCAUUAGAUGACAUUCUGUACCAAAACUCAAUGUGUAAACUUUACCUUGGUUAAAUAAGUUCUGAAGGGUUUGCAUAAAAGAUAGGAAAGGUGAACCAAAGUACAUGGAAAUAGAGACACCUCUCUUGAGUAUUUGUUGAGUAGUAGUUUCUGUGUAACAGGUAUUGCUGGGUGGGGAGGCAGAACUGCUGCUAUGAAACUGGCAGACUUCACUACUCUGAGCUCCCAUUUGGUUGGCUUUAAUUUACACCUGAUUCUACAUGCAACCUGGGCGACUUGCAGUGCCCAAGCCUGUCUUGUUGGCCUUAUGGGAGUAGGUUUGCCCUUUCAACUAGAGGAGGCUUAUUAAACAUGGAAAACACAUAGAAAAACUGGUGAGAAAGGUGUUCCAAACAGUUCUCCAUGGAUGUUGCUGUUGAGGUGGGCUGGUUAGUGCUGGGCUCUCAGCUGCUCCCAUUUCCCAUUCCCAGCUGCUUCCCAAUGCACUUUGGGGCUGGGCCUUCUGAAGAGCUGGGUUGAGUCCUUGUCUUGCAUUCUUGCUGUACAAUAAAUUGCAAAUUUUUGUUAAUGAGAUGCCAGUGAGGUCCUCAGCCCUCAGUAGGAGUGUUGUAUGGCUUAAUGCAAUGGGGGUGUUUGUGCCUCCACUGCAGUGGUUGUGGACAUUCUCAGACAUGUUGCUUGUGGGAGCAAGGUUAGUGGCAGUGAGGGCAGCAAGCACCAGCACUUACCCAUGGUUUGGUUACAGUGUGGGGGGAGCAUUUUGACUUUAGCCAGGUGACCCCAACCUGCUCUGUCAUCCCUCCCCCAUCAACAGGACAGGGAGAGAGAAUCUGAAGGAAAACAUGUGGGUUGGAACAGGAACAGGGACCUGUUACCAUCAUGGGCACAGCAAACUCAGUCUGGAGAGAUUAUUGCCAAUGAAAUAGAGCAGGGUAAUGAGGAAUUAGUAUGUUUUAAUAGAAGUCUAACAGUGCCUUUGCCACACAUCUCCCUUCUUCCCAGGCUCAGCUCUGCUCCUGACUUUACUACUUCUUCAUCUCCUCUACUGACCCUUGUAUUUACAUGGUUGUCUGUCUCAGAUUCUUACUCCUUUCUUUUGGCUGCUGCUGUGCAGCAGUUUUUCUCCUUUCUAAAAUACAGUUCUUUGAGAGCUGCUGUUGCUGAUGGCUCAGUGUUAGCUCAGAAAAAGAAAAUGCCCUCUUCCCUGCCACACCCCCUUGUCUGUUGAGGGCAGAUCCAACCUGUGUGGCUUAUGCUCCUCCUGCAGGAUCAGGGCCACACAGGAGCCUGGCUGUGCUGGGGUAGCUUCAGGUCACUGCCAUUGUGAACUGCAAAGCGACUUUGCAUCAUUUUGUCCUUCAAAGUAUGGCAAAGUAGACAGCCCAAAAUAUACCAGCAACCCUAAAUAUACCUGCAGUGAGGGAGUGUAUGGGCCAAGGAGGCACUUGGGGAGCAGCUCAAAUUAGAACUAGAAUAACCUACUUGAUUUGGCAUUGAUGACACAAGUGAUUUGUCCUCAGAUGAGCACUGUGCUGGCGUGUUUGGCUUAAAAUAGCCCAGAAGGGCUUUGGGAUGGUCCCCUGGUGCCGAGCCCUGUGCAGGAACAGCUCCAAGCACUGCAGUGGCCCAGCAGGGUUGCCACAGCAGCUGAGGGCUGCAGGAGCUGCAGGAAGGAUGGGGGAGAGAUUCAGGUCCAAGUGUACCUGCACAAGCUCAGGCCUCCACACCCCACCAUCCCAAGGGGUUCUGGCAAAUCCCUGCUGGGGAGCUGAAUCCAGCACGGCUGCUGGGCUGCCCUGCAGCCCCCACACAGCAAAGCUGUCUCAUCUGUCAGCAGACGGGCCCACUGGGAGUAAAACACAUGAACACCUGUAAGACAAAGAUUAUCUUAGGCACUUGCUGUGUUACAACAGACUUUUCUCUACAGGAUCCUUCGAAAACAGAUGAGUCAGAGAACUAAUAAUUAGCCUUAGGCAUUCAGAAUACUCCUGGAACAAUAUUACUUCACUGUGCUUCAUCAUAACUCAUAAAAAUACAUUUUUGUAACAUUUUUUGCAAGGGGCUGGAAUAUCCCCCAUCUCCCUCCAGUGCCCCAGCACCUCCUGCUCAAAGGGGUGAGCCUGGGCAGGUGAGCUAAGAAAAACACUGAUAGGAGAAGGCAUCAGUGUCUUGGGGUCUGGACACCAGUCCUCAGUCCUGUCAUUUACCUUAAGAUGCCAUUUGCUUUUGUGGGUAGUUGCAGGCAGUGUUAAGGUUGUGUGGCAGUAUCUGUGCUUAUUCAUUUGGGUUUUUGUUUUACUGGCUUAAACCCUUGAGGCAGUGCUCUGCAUUAAGGCUGUAUUCCAUAUUAACACUCCCUCAGUUAAUUUCUUACAUGAAUGUUUUAACACUUGAUCAUGAGACUAAACAAUGGAUUACACUAUACUAAAAAGGAGAUGCUUUUCUUGACUACAGUUUAUGUAGAUGAGCUGCUUCCCUUUAAAUGGUUAAAACUGUAAUAGGGUGAUGAUGUGUCUGAUUUCACUGUUUUUCUUGCACACUUCACACAGGUUAUUCAGCUUUUUCUUGCAGACCAUGUGACAAUGGUACUGUGCACCACGCUGCUGUCUGAGACUCAGGACCCACAGUGCCUGCCCUAAAAUAGUCCAUGAGGAGGCUGAGUUUGUUCCCCUGCCCCUGCUGGGGUGCAGGGCUCUGGGGGUGUCCUGCCAGCAUCUCUGGGGGGCUGCCCAGACUCCUGGGCACUCUGCAGUGAGCAGGUAAAACUGCAUCUGGCAAAUACACUAGCAGCAUCUCACUGACCUCUUAUUUUCAAAGAAGAGGAUAGGGCAAGUUUGGUGGCUUCCAGAGAACAGCUGGAGCAUGGAGAUGGUGGUGGGUUUCAUUUUUAGGGGUACAAUGCACCCAGAGACAGGACCUGGCCACCAGAGAGACUUAGGGAUGUCUGGUGGCCUUCCUAAACUCUGUGUGUGUGUGAGUGACACCUAACAUGGCUGUAGGUGAAAUAAAUGAGUUACAUCUUGCA